AUGGAGCAAAUGACAGCCAAAGCCCAAGGCGCCGCUGACACGGACGGCCUGCAGCAGAAGCGCGCAACCAUGGCAGCCUGGGAGCAAGCCGGAGUCGCCAGACUUCCUCCCAUAUCUAAAUCCAUCACCGAGACGUGGGUGGACAUUGCUCUGGCCUCCGGCUUCAUCUCCAAGACGCUCGUCAUGAGCCCCUCGCAACCAAGCCUGCCAGGUCCUCUGAUUGUGCUUUUCCACGGCGGCGGCUUCGCAGUCGGCUCGCCCGCCAUGGCCACCCGACCCGGCCGGGAGUUUGCAGAGAAGUUUGGCGCCACGGUGGUCGCGCCCACGUACAAGCUCCUACCGGAGAACGCGUGGCCGGCCGGGCCCGAGAGCGCGUGGGAGAUUCUAGCGUGGCUGGCUGAUAACGCGCAUGGUGGCGGCGACGAGCGAUUCGCUGCUGAUCUGGACCGGGGGUCCGUGGUGGGCGGGUUCAGUGCUGGCGCGAGCAUCUCGACCAUCGCCGCGGGGGUCUCGCUGGACGUAGGCUUGUUGAGGCAUGGUCAAAAGAAGCUUGCCAAGCCUAUCACGGGCGUUUUUGCCAACUGUCCGAUGCUGCUGAGGGACGAAGAUAUGGUACCGGCGGAGUACCUCAAGCUGUGGACCUCGCGGGCAGACAACCGAGAUGCGCCGGGCUUGAACACGGAAGGUGUCGAGCUGAUCUGGCGUAUCAUGAGUCCGGAUUUCUCCUCGCCGUGGACGUCCCCCUUCAACUCUCUCGACUGCUUGAACGCAAAGGUUGGACUCAAGUACUAUAUACAGGUGGGCAACCAUGAUCCUCUGCGUGAUGACGGUAUCGUGUUCGAGAAGGCACUCGCGGCUCGGGGAGUUGAGACAAGGAUUGAUCUGUUUCCGGACGAUGGACAUCAAGCUUGGGUCGCAAUGCCGUUCGACUCGGUGAGCAAAGACCCAAGCUUAGAGGAGAUGACUAUGGAGGGAAUGAGGUGGUUGCUGGGCUUGGGGAAGUGA